AUGUCACCGGUGCCGAGCAACGUCAACGUUUUUGCCGGGGAUGCGAUUAUAGAGGAGGGGAAGUUCAACGAAGCGAUCUUGAUGUUGGAUGCAGAGGCGACAACCAGCCGCAACGCCUGGGCUGGCAAGGCCGUUUCAGGCCGCCUGCCGAAGAAGAUGUCCAUAGGCAACAUUGAACUGGAAGACGACCUCGGCUUGCUCAACGACACAGACGACCAGGCCAUCAAGCCAGCCACAGCCAGCCUCUCGCUGGCCAAACCUGGCCGUCUGCUGCCGCGCUCGGGCACGCAGGGAGUCGAGGCCGAGGAUAUGCCGAUCCUGUCCGUGGCCCAGCUAUCACCGCGCGUCUCUCAAGAGUUGACGCAGGCUGAUGUUGGCGAGCUGGAGGACGAGCCCAAGCGGCGUAGGCAGCUGUCGGCAGAUGUGCCAGUCCGCACCAUCGAAAGGAAGCGUUGUUUGGCAGGUUGGGACCUCUGCCGUGCCGAUCUUGACCCUCGGCUUGGCGAAGGGCUUGUGCUGCUGGAUGGGCAGGAAUCAAGCAGCCGUAACAACACUUGGGCUGGCCAGUCUGCUUCAGGACCGGCAGGCCCAAGUCAGCGAGGAGGCAGCGAACCAGGCAGGCAACCAGACAAAGCAGCCCUUCAUGACCCACUUCGAGCUCAAGAGCGACCUCUUCACGAGUGGGGCUGGCGAGCAGGCCGACCGGAUGCCACACCGCCCCGCGCUCAAGCCACGUCGGGGCAAGCCCCACUCGAGCGCACAGGGCUCCGGCAAGGAAAGAUCCACCCUGAUGAUUUCAAUUUCACAGGUGGAAAGGGGGCUCGUCGGCCAGAGGAAGGCUCGAGGCCCGGCAAAGCCGCCGUGGGAGCGCCCGAGGUGGACUCAGCAGUCGUGGCCGCCGUACUUGCGGAAGCAGAGGCCGAUGAAGAAGGUCCUGAGGAGGCUGAGGAGCCAGAAGUCCGGGAAGAGAUCCUGGAGGCAGAAACCAAGCCGAGCGAUGGCGAGAAGGUGAAGGUCGAGGUAAACGAGGAGGCAGAUCCGAAGGACAACUUCUCCCUGGCCCGAAAUACCUCCAAGACGGCCGUGAACAAGCGGUACGUCGUUGCAUCCGCGGGCAAGAAGGCUCUGUUUCAAAGCAGAUCUUUUCGGAUGCAAGAUGGCGACGUUCCGCUUCCACAGCUUCCAACUUCGGGAGCCUCGGAGUUGCCGGAUCCUGGUGAGUCCGGCGAAGCUCCUGUCCUGAUCGAGUCGACGGAGUCGACUUCUCAGUCUCAGCCUGAGUUAGUCUAUCAAGGCCUCUGUACGCCCAAGAGCCUCUCAGCGGUAGGCGCACCCCUCCAAGGUACCCUGGCUGUCCAGGCCGUGCUGCGACUUCGGUCGGAGGCCCGCUCCCCGCCACCUCAGCGUCGCGAGAGCGGCCAGUCGAACGUCCGAAAGACACAGAUAGUCAGGGAGCUGGAGCCGCCGCCUCCGGCACCUGAAAGCGACUUGGCGGGCAUCACCGCUCCGACAGCGCCAGCGAGGAAACCCAGACCCAAAGUGGAGAAAGUGGACAAAGCCAGCAAUGAGACAGUGUCGAAGACGGAAGAAGACAACUCCAUCCAGAUUCGGACUCGACUAGCUAACUUCGAUCCCAUGGCUACGUUGAGAAAGGCACCAGCGGCCCCUGAGAACGGUGUCGAUGACGGCGAUGACGGCAUCAGCAGCGAGGCGAAGGCACUGCAGGAGGUCCCGCAAGUUCUUCUCCGAGCAGCUAAGCUGCAAUUUUGCGAAACUUGUGCAAGGGCGGAUGGGUAUAUCCAGCACUGGACUUGUUUGCCAGCCGCUUACGAUCGCAAUCGCAAGGGUUCAUUGUCCACGUUAUCCAAGUAUGUGCUUGAGUCGCGGCUCCAGAAAAUCGCCGCCGCCCCGCUGGACAACGGGACAAGCCUGGCCUUGACCGCCGCUGCGAUCCAGGCCGGCUUCUCGCCGUAUACCUCGCAGACGGAUCUCCUCAAGAAUGCAUCUGGCACUACGCUUUCGUACCAAAGCUCUGCAGCCAAGCUCUCCAUAGCAUCGAUUGAAGAGGAGGCAGGCUCGAACGCGUCUGCCCAGGCCAAGGUGGCAGCCGGCGAGGCUGAUCGCCAGUGGCCAACAGCGGGAGCACUUGAGGAGGAGCUCAUUGGCGGAGCCGGCCCGUAUUACACAGGAGACAUCGUGGCAAGCCCGAGCCCCGAGCCCGACGAUGAGGAUGCAGAAGCGAUGACCGGCUUCGGCUAUGUUCUAGAGAUGCGCAAGCCCCCGCCGGCAAUUUCCUCGUCCCGGCGCGGCAGCAUCAAGGUCUUCGACGGGAAAGUCGAAGCAGAAGGCCUCGGCCAGCCCACAGCGAGCCUGGUCUUGUCAAACUUGGCCAAGCCCUCGCCGCGGCCCUCGCCGCGGCAGCCUGCAUCAGCGCGGGAAGCGAGAGGGCCGUCAGGUGCCACGAGGAGACGACCAGUUUACAGCUGA